CACGAAUUCAAGAUCGAACACGUUCGUUUUUUGUGUCGCGUUGGUUUGCAAAAAUGAAAGACAACAUUGAAUUUUACGUUGAGUUUAUUGCAGAGGUUGAAAAAAACCCUGUAUUAUACAAUCACACGCUCAAUGAUUAUAGUAACAGACGGAUUACAGAAAUUAUUUGGACUAAGAUUGGCGAAAAAUUCAAUGAAAAGAGUGAUGAUUGUAAGUCCAAAUGGAAAUCCAUACGUUCAGCCUACAUACGAUCUCUCAAUACAAAAUCUAAAAGUGGGUCCGCUGCUGGGUCGAAAAAGGAGUACUAUUUAGCGCCAUAUUUGAAAUUUCUAAACCCUUUUACAAAAAACCGACCACAAGAGGGUAAUUUACCAGUACAAGAAGAUGAACAACGUUCUGAACAUGAAUCCCAAUCUCAUGAAUCUCAAUCCCAGAUUGAGGAAACUUCAAACAAUGUUCCCGAUUUCACAUCUGCCGAGGAAGAUUCACUGAGAAAUGAAACGCCUGCAGCUGGUUCGUCUGUACCCAGUCCCCAUUCUUCGAGCUCAAUACAGACUCCUCAACCAUCAAAAUCUCGGAAACACAUGAAUGAAGCAGACAGAUGUACUAUUGAAUAUUUUACACUAAAAAAACAAAGACUGGAAAAUAAUCAACGAUCUGAGAAACAACCAAAAAAUCCAUGUGAAAUGUUUCUUUUAAGUUUAGUUCCACACAUGACAUCCAUGUCCCAGCAACAGCAAUUAAGCUUUCAAAGAGGGGUACUGGACUUAAUAGAAAACAUUAAGUACAGGCAGCUACCACGUCGAUCAUUGGAUACGAGUUCGUCAAAUUCAAAUUUAUCAACAUUUUAUACAAAUUUUUCUCAAGUUCUAAAUGAUGACCGUCCGUUGCAAAGGGCAACCGAGAUUGCUCAAUCAGAAUACCAGCCUUCGCAAGCACCAUGUACAAUUCUUCAAUCAGAUGAGUCACCUGCACAACAAUCAAACGAGACUCCUCAGUCUGAAAGUCAAUUUUUACUUAAUAUCUUACAUACCUUAAAGUGAUGAGCAAACGCUCUUCAGCCGAAAUACACUCUCUGAAGUGGGUAUUUUGUUUUGUUAAACUUAAUAUAACUAAAUUUAAUAAUAGCUUGUAUGUGUUUUCAGACAUUCGAUAAUAUAACUGGAACUUUUCUUCAUCGGAUUGUAAUUCUUGCGAAAUUUUGAAAUUCCCGUACAUUGUGCAAUCUUGAUUAAACGGAUGAACCCAA